GGUCGACGGGCUUACGUAGGAAAAUUCAGAAAACAUUUACCUGUGAUUUGGCGACGACCAGAGACGGUUCCUACGAGAAUCGCUGAGAAACGCACAAAUUUUAAUGUAGAGAUUUUUCCGAAAUAUCGACGUUCUUCCUUUGUUGUGCAGCUAUUAUUUGUUUAAGUUAUGCCUUCGCUGCUUGAAGCCUUGGAACAGAAAUAUGGAGAUCCUGCAGACUCCAGCCCCGACGAUGACUCAGUGGGCAUUUCCGUAGCCAUAUUCGUGCCUUGCAAAUCCCCAAGAGCAGCAGUGCCAGCUCUUCUUGUACUAAAUGACUGUGAUAUCGCCACAGCAGGUGAAAGAGACGCACUGGUCGCAAAAUGCUCGAACGUCGAAGAACUGGAUUUGGCUAAAAAUAAACUUGAUCAGUGGACUGAAGUUUUUGGAAUCUUGGAGCAUAUGCCUCGCCUUAAGUUUGUUAACCUAAGUUUCAACAGCCUAUCGAAGCCCAUGGAGGUGAGUUUGGAUAAACGAUGGGAAGAGUUAAGGAAUUUGGUUCUAAAUUCCACUCACGUUAACUGGGAAAGCGUUAAAAAAAUUUUGGCACAUCUGCCAAGCCUAGAAGAACUACAUCUGAGUUUAAACGAUUAUAAUGACGUCGACUUAGGUGCUAAGCAAACCGAUUGCCAAUGCUCAGAAAAUAAAAACGAUAAUUGUGAUUGUAAGAAUAAUACAAUACAAAAGAGACACUCGGUUAUCAGGAUAUUACAUUUUACUGGGAAUCCUAUUGCGAAUUGGAAGGAAAUAUCGAAGCUAGGUUACGCGUUUCCAAAUUUGGAAUCCCUGGUGUUAGCAGAAUGCCCGAUCAAAUCUCUUGACCUCGACGAAGUGGCGGAGGAAGGGCCUAAUAAAAACUACGAGUCUGAAACUAUCCGACCUGAUUCUCCACAUGAAGCCUUCAAAUUUUUAAAAGUUCUGAACUUGAACUCUACCAAUUUAUCUUCCUGGGAUGAUAUUGAACGCCUAGCCAAAUUUCCAGCCCUGCAGUGUUUACGGGUACAGGGAUGCCCUUUAUGGGAAGGAAACGAGUACACCGAACAUGAACGAAGGCAGCUAUUCAUUGCAAGACUACCCAAUGUCCAAACCCUUAACGGGGGUGGAGUUAUAUCUGCGGAUGAACGUGAAGAUGCCGAAAGGGCCUUUAUCCGUUAUUACAUGGAAAAACCAGAAAGCGAUAGACCAGAAAGAUACAAUUAUCUAGUGCAGAAACAUGGUAAAUUAGACCCUCUAGUAAAUAUAGAUCUUAGACCAGAAAAGAGGGUUAAAAUAACGUUCACUUGCGGCUCUAACAGCGAAGUGCGAUCGGUCGAUAUUUACAGAACGGUGAGCGAUCUAAAGACUCGUUUGGAGGGAUUUGCCGGAAUACCUGCUUCGAAGAUGAGGUUGUUUUAUAUUGACCAAGAACUCAGAGAUAUUCAGGGUCCUGAAUAUAUGAGAUUUCCUUCUAAACAACUCUUCAGCUAUAACAUAAGAUCAGGAGAUGAGAUUAUUAUUGUGUGCAAGAUGGAGAAUAAAAGAAGAACUCAUAGUGAAUCUAAGAUGUCGGAGAAGCAAGAAAGAGCUAUGUAUAAUCUGUAGCUAUUUACGGCAACUGUUAAUGGCUAAGUAAUAUAUAAUACUAACACAUGAAAUAAAGUUAAUAUUUAUGUAUUUUUGGUUCAUAUAUGUGGCACUAAUAUAGAUAAUAAACUGGAAACUAUUGAUAUUUGAGAAGAGCAAAA